AUGUUGAAUAUUGACGAUCAGAUUGCUGAAAUUAGUAGGCAAAUACAGUCGCUUAGUGAAAGCACAAUACAACAUGGACAAGGUUUUAUAUCAUCUACACCUAAAGAUCAGGGUGUACGUCUGAUGGUUGUUGAAAAUAAAGAUCGGUAUGUUCAUCCUAAGCCGGAAUUAACAAUAAAUCAAAGUACUGCUCAUACUGUUUGCUCUGAUUCGAAUGAUGUUAAAAUCAAACCAUCAAAAUAUGAUGGCAAUACUUCUUGGAUCGACUACUUAGCACACUUUGAGAUGUGUACCCUAGUAAAUAUGUGGUCUGAAUACCAGAAAGGUUUGUACUUGGCCGUGUCACUGAUUGGCCAGGCUCAAGCAGUCCUUGCUGAUUUACCAAAGGAAAAGAGACAAAUAUUUUCAGACCUAGUAAAUGCACUUGAGGAACGCUUCGCUCCUUCAAAUCAAACUGAACUACACCGGGUUCAAUUUAAGGAAUGUCGUCAAAAAGCAAGUGACACUUUGCCGGGGUUAGGUCAGUCAGUUCGAAGACUUUCUAAUCUGGCAUACCCGACUGCUCCGUUAGAAUUAAGGGACACGCUCGCCAAAGAACAAUUUAUAGAUGCAUUAGUAGACUCUGAAAUGAGAUUGAGAAUUAAACAGUCUCGUCCACAAGGUCUUAACGAUGCUAUACGGUUGGCAGUUGAGCUUGAAGCCUAUAACACGGCUGAGAGCAAAAGACUGAACAGUAUAGGUCAUUUACGACAGACUACUAGAGACGAACGGACAGACACACCUGCCAGUCCUGACACGGCUGUUUCUAUGGGACAAAUGACGAUAUGGAUGCAGAUGAUUGAGAAUAAUUUACUGGCCAUAACAAAAGAGAUUCAAGAUUUAAAGUCCCAAAGAAAGUUCCAACAAAGGGGGAAGAUAAAUAACACACAAAGUAAAGGGAAAAGGUGUGGUCCCUGUUUUAGUUGUGGAGAAAUAGGGCACUUUGCAAGAAAUUGUCCCACUAAUAAUCAGAAGCAAAGUACUCGGGAAACAGAUAACAACGGAACAUAUACGGACGGUACAGUCAAGACACUGAAGUCUGAAAUUAAGUCUUCAAACAAUGACGAAGGCGAUGUUGUUGUUUCAACAUCAGGGAAUGUAGGAAUGUUUGUUGAGUUAAACCUUCAAGGUGUACCAGUCAAAUUUGUGGUGGAUACUGGAUCUACAGUAAUGUUAGUUUCUACAAAAGUAUACGAUUCAAUUCCUGACUUGUGUAGGCCACAUUUGAGUAAAACUAGGUCACAGAUAAAGUCCGUCAGUGAUAAGUAUUUAAGCCUUCGAGGUAAAUGUAGUUUUAAAAUGGAUUUUGGUAAAGAAAAGUUUACUACAGAUGCCGUUGUAACUGACCUACAAGUCGAUGGUAUUCUAGGUUUAGACUUUAUGAAGAAAAAUAAGUGUCUGAUUGACGUGUCUGCUAACAUAUUAUACAUCGAUAACGUUAAGGUUCCCCUAGGUGUUCAAGGUACCCAAAAUAGAAAUGCUGAUGUUCAGAGAAAACAAUGUCGGUUAACAUCAGACAGACAGUCAAUAACGGUUUCUGAUUGUUCUAAGAGAGAACAAAGUCAGGUGAAUACAGUUAAAAGUCAGAUGCCAGACAAAAGUAAAGACUUGACUUUAAUAGAGUUGCAAUCAAAUGACUCGGACCUUACACUUGUUAAGCGGUGGCUGACAGAAGGUCAAAGGCCACAGUACAAUGAGGUAUCAAGUAAGGGAUAUUCUCUAAGGUCAUUAUGGAGUCAGUUUGGUUGUUUAGAAGUCCUUCGUGAUGUAGUAGUUAGACGUCACGACGAUCGGGAACGGAACAUUGUGAAAUUACAAGCGGUAAUUCCAAUGUCGGAGCGCAAGCAAGUAUUAGAAUACUGUCAUGACACAGACUAUGCUGGUCACUUAGGUACGCGUACGACUCGAGAGAAGAUAUGUCAGUCUUACUAUUGGCCUGGUAUACAGUCCGACGUUAGGGCAUAUGUCGCUAGUUGUGCUAAGUGUUAUAAGAGAAAACGCCCAAUGAAAAGGAAGCGUGUCUCAAUAAGAUUAGAGGAGGGUUAUGGUCGUCACGAGAGUAAGAGACCAGCAUGUAUGGCUGAUAAUGUAAAUAAGUGA